AUGGACACCGGUGUAGCCUCUCAAUGGGCCUCCUCAGCCUGGCCCCACCUCCUCCCAACGACCCUGGCCGUGAUUCUCUUCCAAGUCAUUUCCUUCCUCCUCUUCACCCUCUGGUCACAUUUCCGGCGCUACAACAACUUCUCACGUCUACCCUGUCCUCCAACGCACUCCUUCCUCCUCGGGGACCUCGAUCAAAUCAGUUCCUCACCCCCCGGCGCACCUCAAAAACACUGGUCCAGACAAUACGGCGGUCUCUUCAAAUUCAGGGGCUUCUUGGGCGAACAAAGGCUGUGCAUUACGGACCCGGUCGCUUUGAGUUAUAUUUUGGUACAGAAUGGGUACAAGUUCGUGAAACCGGGGGAAGUGAGGGGUAAUCUGGCGAGGAAUUUGGGCAGCGGGUUGUUGUUCGCUGAAGGUGAGGUGUUCGCACUCGAGGCUCCUGUUGCGCACGGGGCGAUCGGGCCUGAUAUCAUUCAUGACUUCUCGGGUGGUGUUCACUCUCCCUGCAGGUGAUGACCACAAACGUCAGAAACGAAUCAUGAUACCUGCCUUUUCCCCUUCGGCACUGCGUAACCUCGUCCCGACGUUCUUUGAACUUUCAUACACGCUCAAGGAUCGAUGGGUCGCACUGAUCGAGACCUCAGAUUCGGAUGAGAAGGCUUUCGCUUCGAACGAGAAGAUGGAGCAAUGGGACGAAACGCACGAGGAGGGGGUGGUCGUGUUGGAUGUUUUGAAGUGGUUAUCGAAAUUGACAUUGGACACGAUUGGCGUCGGUGAGUUGACCAAGUCACAUCACACUAACGAUCCGUCCCUGCAUAGCUGACGCAGGUGUGACCCCACAUCAGCCGGCUUCGGCUAUGACUGUGGAGCUCUCUCAGGAACCCCAUCCGAGCUCGCCUCUGCUUUUCAAAGUAUCUUGACCGGCGGGGGAUCGAUCCCUAAAAAAGUGCCCAUCUCCCAACUCCUCCUCACCCGUCUGACCGGUCAUUUCGCCACCCUCUUUCCCAACAUCAACCUCAGCAAACUGGUCCCGAACAAGAGGGUACAGUUGAUUCGUAAUUUCACUGAAACGAUGGAGAGAGUCAGUAGGAAUAUCAUUGAGGAAAAGAGAGAGGAGUUACGUGCGGGUGGUGGAGGGACGGAGAUGAGUAUAGGGGGUGGCAAGGAUUUAAUCACUUUGCUGCGUAAGUACCAUCUGCUGGCACGGGUAGUGCGGUUGGAGUCGUCUUGGCUGAACUUGGCUUUAAAUCAUCGACGGUGAAUGCUGGGUGUCAUCAAAGUCAAAUCGAACUCCGGCGAAGCCAAGUCGCGGAUGAGUGAUGUAGAGCUGCGCGGUCAAAUCGCGGUGAGUCGACCGCAGUGGCAACGGCUCUAAGCUACACACGUGUCCUCGGGCUGACACCCUCUGGGAUCUACAGACGUUCCUGUUUGCGGGGAAUGAAACGGUCACUUUAUUCACCCAGUUGUCUAUGCACAUAGGGCAUUCCUGACUCGAUCUCCGGAACCUAUUCGCAGACGUCGACGACCCUCAGCUGGCUUCUACACUACCUCUCCCUCCAUCCCUCCAUCCAAGCUCGAACACGUCAAGAGAUUCGUCAUGCUCGAGCCAAUGCAUUCCAGGAACAUGGUCAAGAUGAGCUUAACGCCGAGGAUCUAAACGGACUGACCUAUCUCGAUGCUGUCGUGAGAGAGGUGUUGAGGCUGGAACCUCCUGUCGCUUUGUCGAGUGCGUCAGCAGCGGAGCUGGGAGCAAAAGUCUCUUCGAGUUCGGUGAGCUGAUCGUGGCUUUUACUUAACGCUUGAAUAGCUCUUCAAGCAUCGGAAGACGAUGUGAUCCCACUGGGGGUUCCAAUUAAGGCCGUCGAUGGCAAGUUCAUGGACUCAGGUGCGUCAAUUACCUCUGAGGCGUGCUCGUGCUCAAGUCCGCAUGUCCAGACCCGCUCUGAUCACCCCAUCCACCCUACUCCCAGUCGAAAUCAAGAAGAACCAAAUUCUCGUCAUUCCCAUCAGCGCCGUCAACACCAACCCAAUCAUCUUCGGUGAUGACGCCGACGAGUUCGUCCCCGAGCGUUGGCUCGUCAAAGCAGCGGAAAAGGGGGCCAUCUCGGGUAACGUGGGCGUUUUUUCGAACUUGAUGACGUUCAUGGCCGGUCCGAGGGCUUGUAUUGGCUAUCGGUUUGCGUGAGUUGUGAGCAGAUGGGGUUCAUCAAUUCGAUAAACUGACAGUUCUCUCGAACUACUCUUCAAAGCGUCCUAGAGAUCAAGGUGUAAGCCCUUUUGCGCAAUUUUUGGGAUCACCACGUGCGCCUGUCCUGAUCCCUCUUUCCACGUACCUUGGCAGGAUCGCCUCGGUUCUUCUCGACAAUUUCGAGUUCUUGCCCCGCGAUUCAGCCCAAGAGAUGAUUAACAAGCUCUCUCGAAGAUCCUUGAUCGUGACGAGACCUUUGGUUAUUGACGAGGAGCACUUGGGCCAUCGCUUGCCUUUGAGAGUGAGGCUUGCUGAUCGGGAUGUGAAGGAAUAG